UCUAGAGAGAGAGAGAGAGAGAGAGAGAGGGAUGGGGUGGUUCUUCAGCAGGAGAAGGGGUCCUGAAUGGAAACAGGGGUGGACAGAGCAGACCCUGGUCAAUAUCUCUGCUCCCCCACUCCCAUUCCUGGCUUUCUUUGGAGUUGUUGUUCUCUUCCUUUUUCUGUCUCAAUACACAGAAUACAAAACCCAGAUGAACAAGGCUGUGAUCAGCUUUCAGUAUCUGCUAUUCCUUCUUCCUGUCGCAUUGAUCUUCUUGGUGAGGUCCAUGGCUAUCAAUGGAAAGUUCUUCCGGAUACCUCUCCCACAGUAUGACUCGAUCCAUCGAGCAGGAAGCUCUCCUUGGGGUGUUGCAGCCUUGGUGGUUGUGCUUCUGGUUAUGAUCUCUUAUCAGUCAUCAGUUCAUUCCAACUGGUUUCGACCACUCUGGAAAAUAUAUUAAUCCAUAGAAGGGUGUUUUUUUUUUUUUCUUUAUUUUAGAAUUUAGUAGAUCAUAUUUAGGAGUCCGGAUUAGAUUCUUAUAUGAGAACAUGAGAUGGACACGUAAAUUCCACUAAGUUUUUCUCCUACUAGGAUAGGUCUCUCUGGACUCAGUAGAGUCCAUAUGUCCAUCGUAGGGAGUACGAGAAUUUUUAUCCUUUGGUUUGUACUAUUUAAUACUUGGGUUGUAGUAUGGCUUGACACUUGAGAGUCUUGAGACAUGGGCAUGUGUGUAAAUACAAACUUUGUGUGUUUAUUA